UGCACGCAAGAGCGUCCUGAUACUUCAGCCAAUAGACGACACAAGUAACUUUUAUUUUAAUUUGAAAGAUUCCUGUAUAAUCAGUAAACAAAUAAUUCAUACACUUUGUCCAGUAAUCUUUACAUUCUUGGAGAUGGACAAUGCACAGAAAACGGACAGCAGAGACAUUGUCCGGAAACAACGGCGAAAAAGAGAAGAUGAUUCUAGCGCGGCCAAGGUGGCCAAAACUGACACAAGCGGCGGCUUGAAAUCUUGUUAUGAUAAAGCAAUGGAAUCUAUAACUGUCCAUGAAGUCAUCAAGUAUGGCGCCUCAUCACUGCCAGCUAAACACUAUGACCCUGACACUACCGAGCCAAUCAGCUCCGGUCUUCAGACCCUGGAUCAGUUGUUAUCGUGGAGACUGAGCGAGGCCAACCCUUUUAACGUGGCAACAGUCCCCCUGGCCAAACGGGAGCCACCGCUGGCGAGCUGUCCGCGCAGGACGCUGGUGUCACAUGAUAUGAUGGGCGGUUACCUUGACGACAGGUUCGUACAGGGGGCCUCGUCGGACGCUCCCUACGUCUUCUACCACUGGCAGUACAUUGACAUCUUCAACUACUUCAGCCACAACAUGGUCACCAUCCCCCCUGCCGUGUGGACCAAUGCAGGCCACAGACACGGUGUCCUGGUGCUGGGCACCUUCAUCACCGAGUGGACGGAUGGGAAAACGACCUGCGAGAACUUCCUGAAAGACGAGGAGUCUUACCGCGCUGUAGCUGAUAGGCUGGUCCAGAUCACACAUUACUACGGCUUCGAUGGUUGGCUCAUAAACAUCGAAAACACUCUUAAUGAGGUGGCCGUGAAAAACACCCCUCUGUUCCUGCGCUACCUGACGGACCAGGUCCACGAGCGAGUCCCAGGCAGCCUGGUGCUGUGGUACGACAGCGUGCUGGUGGACGGCCAGCUCAAGUGGCAGAACGAACUCAACCAGUCCAACCAGGUGUUUUUCGAUGCGUGCGAUGGCAUCUUCACCAACUACAACUGGACCGAGCAGAGCCUGGUUGGGAUGGAGGCCUUCUCUGCGGCCCAAGGCAGGCUGGCCGACAUCUACGUGGGCGUGGAUGUGUUCGCCAGGGGGGAGGUGGUAGGGGGGAAGUUUGACACCAACAAGGCCCUGGAGUUGAUUCGUAAACACAAUCUGUCCACGGCCAUCUUUGCUCCUGGAUGGGUGUACGAGACCCUCUCCGACAAGACAGAGUUCCGCAAUAACCAAGACAAAUUCUGGGGUCUCCUGUCUGACUUCCUGUACAUCCACCAACCGGCCUCUCCGCUUCCCUUCUUCUCGUCCUUCUGCCAGGGGUUUGGGAUGAAACUCUACCGGAGGGGACAGCCAGAGGUGGAAGAGAGCUGGUUCAAUCUGAACGGCCAGGAGCUGCAGCCCCUCUACUACAGGGAAGAGCUGGAGGGGGGGGGCUGGAUGAGGACACGAGGCUGCCCCAAGGAUGCCUGGAACGGGGGCUGCUCCCUGCUGGUGGAGGGCCUCCUACCCUCCAGCCUCUCUAAAGUCUCUGCCAGGAUCUUGUCCCUCCACGUGCCGCUGGCCUCCACCACGUUUGUUUCCCUCAUCUACAAACCGUCUGCAGGGGUCACCGUGUCCCUGGAGCUCAAGACCAGCGAUGCGCCGCUCUGCACACAGGAGGGGGCCCAGGACGUACGGACCAGCAGCGUCCAUCCAGAGGCUCUGCAGGAGGAGCACCAGUUGGUGAGGCAGUUCUCCCAGAGUUGUGGCCAGUGGAACCCAGAAGGCUGGACUGUGAGGUGUUCCCAGCUGCAGCUGAAGGGCUGCGCUCUGAAGGACGUGUGUGUGAGCGUGCGCCGGGAAGGGGAGGCUCAGGACACGCCUUUUUCCUGCAGGAUUGGGGAGAUCAUGGUCCUAGAUGCCAACAGCUUCUCUGUCCCUCCCGACCCUGUCAAAGACCUGGGCCUGCACGACCUAGUCUGGCUGUCCGGCACCAACCCUGACGCCUCCCCCCGCCUCAUCCUCAACGCCACCCUGCGCUGGUGCUACCCGGCCCAGCUGGUGCGCCACUUCCGGAUUCACUGGCGCCGACUGAGGGGGCCUGACCCCCGGAUCCCCCCCGGCCAGCUGGCUCUGGUGGGCCGGGCUCACGCACCCCUGUUCCGCCUGUCGGAGCUGGACGUCCCCAGGCCCCCGGGUCUGCUGGAGCUGGUGGUGGAGCCGGUGACCAGGGAGGGCUUCCUGGUUCCGGAGUCCCAGUGGGGCAGAAUCAGUCUUAGCUACGCAGCAGAGCAGGAGGCCGUGUCUCAAUAGUCCAGAGUCGCUUCCUACCCUGGGCUGCUGUGUUUGUCGUCAGUUUAAAGGUUGUGGUCCUGGUGCGUGAUUCAGUCAGGCGGAUCGCUGUGUCUACUUGGGUGCUCUGAUUUGCAGCUCACUGCAAGAGGAAGGAGUUGGGGCUUUGGAUAGGGAAGUACAAUUAGUGGAUUGAUUGAAGGAGAGACAUUUCCCCGUUCCUUGCCUUAUACAAGCCAUGUAACACAUCUUGAAUAUCGGUUUUAGUAAUAUGCAUAAACGCACCAGAAAUAAUGUGAGAGUAAAGUGGAGCAGGAACAGACACCAACAUAAGACAUGAAUAUAAAACCCUUUUUUUUAAUACUUUUUCUUAAUGGAAACUGCAUGAUAAUGACUAGCCUUAUCGCACAGCAGAGUUUAUACCCUUCAUUUUAAGGAUUUGAAAAAGCCUUGUAUUCCCAUCGACUCUGGGACAAGUUGCAGCACUUCAAACACCAAAAUGCAUGUAUGGAUGUAAUAAUAAAAA